AUGGCAACACAUUUUACUAUAAAAUCUACGGUCCCUACACCUUAUGAUGUUUGCAUUUUAAUCAUAAUCUAUUUCCAUGUAUCUGUUCCAAAAUCUGUUUCUUUACGAUUGUUUUUAAGAUUGAUCUCUUCUUCUGUACUAAAAUCAACUCCAUUUAAUCCAAUUAAGAAGCAUAUUGUAUUCCAAUCAUCGGAUCAAGUACCGCUAUUUCCUAGUCUAGAUGAUAUUUUAGAGUAUUUGAUAGAUAAAUCACCCAAUAACUUGGAUAUAUGCUUGUGUUUAUGUAAAUCCUUAAUAUCUAUUAGAACAAUCGACCAGUUAUUUAUUUUGCAGUGUAUAUUAUCGAAUAGGUAUAAUGAUAAAAGAAUAAGUUAUUUAGGUAAUUUUGUCUCAUUGUGUAGCACAAAACUUGAUCUUUCAACUUUUGAUGACAGAUUGUUGCUAUUAUACAACUUAAAAUCAUUUAUAAAGAAAUCAAAAUGGAUUAUUAAGUAUUCAACAGAAAUUGACAAUUGUAAAUAUAAUUUUAUAUCCAACAUUGAAACAGACUAUAAAAAAAAUAUUAAAAAUCAGGUCUAUCUGGAUAUUAGCAAUACUGAUAAUUAUCACUAUGGGAAUGAUGAUAAAGAUUUGAUGAUAGAUACUUUUAAGUCGCUUAUUAAUAAAACUAUGUCUGUAGAAACAUCAAAUCAAUUACAUACAAGUAUAAUACUAUCUGAUACUCAUUUCCAGAAUAUAAUCAAUUACCAAAUAGAAUUAGCAGUGCAAGGAAAAGACAAAAAUGAAAGUCAACAACAUGGUGAAAUAGAUAAGUAUUUUGAAAACGUGACACUCAACGAUAUCACAAUGUUCCCCUCGAUCCACAUAUUAAAGUAUUUCAUUUACAUUAAUGAAAAAAGGUAUCAAGAUGCUUUAUAUGAAUUGCAUUCAUAUUAUGAUUAUAUUUUAGCCAGGAAUGGAGAUAAAAACUUCCAUAUAUCUUUAUUGCAUCUUGGGGUAUUUCACUCGAUUUUUGGUGAUAGUAAAUCACCAAUGGCUUCUUUUGAAGAAGCUUUCAAGAUAGCUAGAGAAAAUAGAGAUAUAAAAACGUUAAAUUAUAUACAUUUGACCAUUUUAAGGUAUAUGGAAGAUUAUCCAAAACAAGUUAUAUCUAUACGUGACAGAAUAAAUAAGAUAAUAGAUAGUUUACAAAGAAUUGAUGGUCAAAAUAAUUCUCAAAUAUUUGAAGGUGCGUAUAGAGCUGACACAUUAUUUUGUCUUAAGUCUAAUAAAAAUUUAAUUAAGCUUUUAGAGUCUAAUUUACAAUAUUUAAUAAUAUCGUUGCAACAAGAUAGAUAUAGUCUUCUAGAUGAUGAUUUCAAUAAUUCCAUUUUUUAUUUUUAUUCUAAAAUUUGGAGGUACUUGGGCUACACAGAUAUAAGUGAUGUCUAUGAGCUCUUUUAUGAAAUGGAUCCAAUUGAUAAAGAAAUUCGAAAGGGAUUUGAAUUAUUGAAUAAUGGGAGAAAUAUUGAUUCAAUCGUCAAUAAUAUGUAUUUGCCAACCUUAAAGUAUGACCAAGAAAUGUACUUAAAUCUUUUACGAAUUAAAAAAAUGAUAUUAAAUGAUGAAUUGGAUGAAUCUUUACGACUUUUAAACGAUCUUAGUGAUCAAUGUUUAACUUUAUAUCAAGAUAAUUUUUGGCAUUUCAAAUAUGUGAUAGAAAUUUGUCAACUACUUAUUAAUGUAGAUAGAGGUCCAAGAGCACUACCUAUUCUCGCUAAACUAAUAAAUGAAACACGAGAAAAUAAAAAUUCUUUACAUUCAGCUCAAUGUCUAUUAUUGUUAUGUCACACUUUAGUUCAAAUGAAGAAGUAUAAUGAUGUUUAUAAAAUGCUGAUAAGGGAUUUGGAUUUGUUAUUGCAAUUUGAUGAAACUAAGAAUGCAGCCAUAAAAAUAUUUACAAACGUUGUAAAGGCUUCGAUGAUUGCGUUAAAUUAA